GGUUCCCCAAUCUCAAAUUCCCAAAUGUUUAACUGAGUCGACUCGACCUCCUCAUAUCCCAAAAAAUUUCUUGUUUGGGUUUCAAAGGCAAAACGAGAUUACAAUGGCACCAUCACGUAACAUAGUUGUAGCCACCGGUCUGGUUGUUUUCGCAUCUGCAGGCUUAGCAUUCCCCUUUUACAUGGCAUCGUCGAAACAACCAGUGAUCGAUCCAACAAAACCGUUACCUCCUCAAGCAACUUUUAGAGGACCUUACAUCAACACAGGUUCACGCGAUGUUGGACCUGACCAUCGAACUUACCCAAAGAAAUGAUCCAAUCAAGUCAAGAUAAUUAAGCAGGUGUUUUCAUUGUGACCUGUAUACUUUCAUAUAGACUAUCGUUUUGAAGUUUGUGCUCGAAUCCAUGUAAGUCGUUAUGCUUCAUGUAACCUAACCAUUGAAUGUAACUGAAAAAUCGGAUAUCUUAAUAACUUAGUUUCUUUUUU